AUGACCGAGGCGACUAUGAUAUCGGUCUGCUGGGCUGGAGACGGGCUCACGGCGCUCAUCAAGACCUUCGAGUUCUUCGAGCUAGCUGCGUCGAACAUGCUGGCCAUCACCAACCUCGCCAUCUGCAUCAACCUCGCCCAAAUCAUCAUGUCUUAUCGAACUUUGUCGCGCGUCAGAAGUGCCAGCACCCCAACGCUGAUACUCGUCUUGCUAGGCCUGUCGUUGGGAGCCGCAGCAAUCUCGGUUCCCUACUGGACGGAGGUGGUAGUCAGCGGGACAGCAUUCUGGGUGCGGACCGAUGAGCAGGUGCGGGCUUGAACUUUUGUAGCCUUGGAGUUUCAUGUUGCCCUCACUUGCUGGGUCUGGUUCGGAGAACCAACAUGGACACUUAGCGCUUUUGUUGCGACCGACUGCUGCGACAAGAAAUGCAUACCAUACCCUGCUGAGUACUCCCAGCAGCUGUUUCGACGUUUGAGUGAUGCUACGGUAGGUGGGUGCACUAUUUGGGUGAAAUCGUGCACUUUUAGAAGCAAACGUUUAGUCCUGUUUGGGAGACCUUACGGCGAUGUACUUGUAGGACGCGGGCAUAAAGGCUUAUAUACCUCCACGUGGCCUCCCAGGGGUCCCACCCACUGAAGGGAUUCUGAAAUCCGACCAGUCCUUAUUUGCGCCCUGGAAGCAAAUUCUCAUUCAUUCGGUGUCUUUCGACUCGCAGCAUCUUUGCCGGGCAUCCCAGCAUCCAGCUAUCGUUGAUACAAUCAUCAUAUGCUUGUGACUGGAGGCACAAGGGAGACCGUCUCGCUGUCGAAUUUUUAAUAGGAGCUACAAGAUGUUCGUGUGUGCGCAUAUAUGGGAAGGAUCUGAGGACGGUUCUGUGUUUCGUAGAUGAAGGGACAUACGAUGGUACCUUUUGUGGUAGACUUUAGAUGAGUCAGCGGUGCCCCUAUGCUGAGUCAGCCUGCGUUAUCACUCUCGUUCUCCCCUGUCUGUCGUGCGUUAAUCUUGCGGAUCUAAUACAAGCCAUCAACGAGACUUUCUAGUCACCGGACACAAAUACGGGCAUACCCGGCAUAAGACUCCGGCUCUAGGAGUUAUCAACACUCUAGAGUUAGCUUUCUCCACCGUCCUUGCAAGGAAAAGAAAGGAGCCCGUGCCAGCAACAUGUCGGGAGGGGUCUCGCAGCAGGAGCUUGCCGCUAAACU